AUGAAAACAAUUUCGCUUUUUGACCGUCCUUUGGAGAUUCGGGAUACUGAAACAAAAGGUCGAGGUGUGUUUGCCCUAGAACCCUUGCCUGCUCAUACCUGUAUUGAGGUUAGUCCGGUUUUAUUGUUUGAAAAAGAUCAAUAUGUUAAUCAUGGGCAAUAUACUGUUUUAAAUGAGUAUACUUAUGUUUGGUCAAGCGGUAGACAAGGAUUAGCCCUUGGGUUAGGUAGCAUGUUCAAUCAUGAUCGGUGUCCUAAUGUUUAUAGGAAAAAGGACGAGUUAAAUCGUUGCAUAUCUUAUUUUACUUUACGAGAUAUACAUCCUUGCGAAGAGCUAUGUAUAUCUUAUGGUGAGCACUUAUGGUUUGACGAUGGCGGCUCAACAUCUGAACAUAAUCAUUAUGAUUUACCUGAAGAAGAAGAGGGUAGCUUUUUUCAAAACCUGCUUCUAUAA